GUACUAUAUAACUCCCCGUUCAGCUUCAAGUUUUUAACAGUUCAAUUACAACUUACAACAAUCUCUUCACCUCCUCCAAAACUUCUCCCUCAUAACCCUCUUUCCCUUCUUUGAUUUUCCCCAGAAAUUUCCCAUCUUUGAAUCAUUAUGAUGAAAGUGGUACUGAAGGUGGAACUCUAUGAUGACAAAAUCAAGAAAAAGGCCAUGAAGAGAGUGUCUGGUAUUUCGGGGGUUGAGUCAGUGUUUGUGGACAUGAAAGACCAGAAAAUGACCGUAAUUGGGAGUGUUGAUUCUGUUAAAGUGGCGGUAAAGCUUAAAAAAUUGUGUCAAGUUGACAUACUUUCAGUUGGACCUGCGAAGGAGGAGAAAAAGGAAGAACCAAAGAAAGAAGAGAAGAAGCCAGAAGCUAAGAAAGAUCCAAAGGAGGAAUAUGCUGAAGCUCUGAAGGUGUUUGAAGCAUAUUUUAACCAAACCAGACAGCAACCGUAUCCAUAUUACUAUUACAGAACAGUGGAAGAGAAUCCAACUGGCUGUGUUAUUUGCUAAGUAUUGGAAUAUCAUGGAUUUUAAGGGAUAAUAAAAGAGAAUAAGAAAAGAAGACAGUGGCUGGAUCAUGUUUCUUUUGGAAUUUCCAUUUUUCUUCUUUUCUUUGUAAGUUUUGGCCUCUUCUGGUAAAAGUUCAGAAGAAAACAGACGUCUAAAAGUUGAGAAAUGUAUUAUGUACAUUAUUUUGUGGUGUAAUACUGUGUGUUCAAAAUUCUAGCAUGGUUUCUAUAGAAUUAAGAAUUGAGAAAUCGGUUUUAUUAAA